UCUAAAUGGUGACGUCCCAUAUGGCCUUUGUAGCGUUUCCUUCCUUCAUUUCAAUUUGUGAAAAAUUCAUCACAAUUUUACCAGUUCUAUGAAUUACUAAAUUUUCAAUAUUUACAUCAUAUAAAAUAUUAUAGGUACUACCACCUUGAUCCGGUAAUUAUAACGCCAUGCCCCCCAAAACCCAGCCACGUCAGGACCCCAGGAUAGCUCCGAAGGAGAUGAUAGUCACACGGAGGAAGUCAGCCUUGCAGAAGAGACAGCUCCGAGAGAAAGACAGGAGUAUGAAGAACAUCACUCAACUGCUGAAAUCUCCUACGAAGAACUCACAAUCUCCCAAGAAGCAGAAAAUGGCGCCAAAAGGUAAAAUAAAUAAAAAGUUACUGCAAGAAUUACUUCCGCCCGCCGAGGUGGAAUUGAAACCUGUAAAACGGAGACCAAAAGUGAAGGAGCGUGUUUGGUUGAAACCAAAACCUAACUUCAAAAUGGUAGCCAAGACUAACAAGAGGAAGCUAUGCACUCCACGUAGAGAGUUGGAUCCCGGUUGUUCCCAAGUGGAACACGUUCAAUGUGAUUCCUCGGACAUAUUACAGCUGAUUGAGGACACUGAGUCCCUGGAUGAAGAGGAUUUCCUGGAGAUCCUGACCUGCCCCAGUCCGGUCUGGUGGGAGGAGCCGCGUGACCCCUCCUACUGUGAAAAACCCAUUUUUGUCCCGACACCAAGUCAAGCAACAGAUAAUUCUACUGAAAAUACAAUCGAUAAAAUAAUAAGUAAUAAAACUAUUAAAGAUUUAGAUCAGAAAGUUGUCAAAAAGAGGAAAAAGCUAGAAAACAUUUUGGGUAAUAUUAAAAGUAAGAGAAAGUUUGAACACGAUGCUGGUGAUCAUAAAAGCGAUACUUUAGACAUUGAUUUGCUUAAUGAUGAAAUGCUUAGAAAUUUAGAAGCGAUUCAUAUACCCAUAGAACCUAGUCAUGAUGCAGUUGAAUUGAAAAAAGUCAAAAUUGAAAAAGAAAAUGAAGUGUCCAUUAAAAAUAAUAGUUCACAUUCGGAUGAAGUCAAACUUGAAAUGGUUCCUAGUCAUAUUGCGCAAAAUGAAUUAGAUACUAAAAUUAAUGAAGAUCAAAAUGUAGCAGUUAAAAAAAUAACUUCCAAAUCAGAUCGAAAUGAAUUGAAAGAUUUAAAAGUGCCGGAUAUUUUGCCACCUCUGCAAAGGAAUCCUAUGCAUACAACGUCAGUUUUGGAUAAAAUCGUUAUAAAUAGCAAUUUAAUGUCCAAAGAUGCAGAGAAAAUAAAUGUUAAAUUCAAAAUGGAUUCGGCUAUUGAAAGGGAAAAUUCAACAGUCACCUCUCCUUUCUUUGAGAAAUCCAAAGAUGAUGACACGAUAUCAGACACUAACAUCAAAUUCAUUGACAAAGUAGAAGAUCAAGAGUUAGACGACACCUCGCAAAUUAUUUUGGACAAAAUCAAGAAGUUUUUCCACGAGAAGAAAGUGAAUAAGAAGGAAUACAUAACAGUGUAUAGAAUCGUCGAUAAAGAGGAAAAACAAGAAUUGAAGAAUGAUGAUCAAAGUAAAAUCAACUAUUUUUACAAGAAAUGUAAAAACUUUAGGAAGAAAUGUGAUAAUGUUGACACAAGCAAAAGUAAUUCUGGUAAAACUUUAGCGUUGGCCAACAGUAAUAUGAAAUAUUGCUUGAAUUGUUCAUCAAUUUUCGAAACGAAAGAAUGCCACUAUUGUGCGGCGAUGUCUGAACCAAGAGAGUGCGUGUGCGACAAAUCGCAGGAUAAUCGCAGCGAUUUGUCGUGCGACAAUUGUGAUAGGAGUGAAUGAAUUGUUAUUUGUUCGAAUAAAUGAAGUGUUAUUUGUAAA